CUGAAUUGCACUAUGAUCUCCUCUUUUCAAAUCGCCAAAAUACCGCGCUCACGUAGUGUAAUCUCACGAGCACACGUGACCCACGAAGUUCUCGGCUAUGAAAUCACGUUGCUGAAGGCCUCUCCUGGCACCGGAAGUUCGCGGUGUUCUGGGAUAUGUAGUUUCCGCCGUGCGCAUUACGAGUGCUGGCUCCAUCGUAAAGAACCUGGGAACGGUCGCUAACAAGCAGUGAUGCCUGGCUUCACCUGCUGUGUCCCGGGUUGCUAUAGCAAUUCGCAUCGAGACAAAGGUCUGCACUUUUAUACGUUCCCCAAAGAUCCGGAGCUGCGGCACCUGUGGCUGAAGAACGUGUCUCGGGCGGGAGUGACGGGCUGCUUUAGUACUUUCCAGCCCACCAAUGGUCACCGAGUUUGUAGCCUUCACUUUCAUGGAGGGCGCAAGUCCUACAGCAUCAGGGUGCCUACCAUUUUCCCUCUCAGGGGGGUGAACGAGAGGAGACCUCGCAGGGGUACCGACAAAAGCAAGAAGAGACAUCAGCCUAAUUAUUCCACAGCGGUCCUGGUGACAUCUCUGCCAGGACAGGAGCAAGAGGUGCUGGAGCUGACAGCUGGGAGUGCAGAGAUGAUGCUCAUAGGUGCCCCACCUGGCAUGGGAGCAGACAUGACCGGGGUAGACGUAUCUGCGCCUUCCAUAGGAAGAUCUCUGGGAGCAGCGGCUGGAGGACCAAUUCAUGGAGAAUCAAACCCAGUUAAUCUUACCGUAAAGUUGGAUUCUGAAGAUAGUCCUGGUUUUUCACCGGCUACGUCUCAUCAGCAACUCCAAGUGGUGGUAGUGGGAGAAGAAAGCUACCCCAUGGCCGAUUAUUACCCAUUGCCACAGUUUGCUGAUCAUUCUUACUCCAUGUCCUCUGGCACCACCACAGAGGAACUGUUAAGAAAGCUCAAUGAACAGCGGGAUAUUAUAGCCCUUAUGGAGGUCAAAAUGAAAGAGAUGAAGUCAAGCAUCAGACAUUUAAGAAUCACAGAGGUUAAACUGAGGGAGGAAAUCCGACAGAAAGAUAAAGUUUUAAAUGCGGCAAAGAAAAAAGCUUGAGUUGGGGAAGACCUGAUUUUGCUUUUUCUGACAGUCGUUAAAAAAGGUCACCAACGAAGCCAACCGGUUUUGCAGUACCAGGAGGAAUUAUCAAUCGUCAUGACUAGAUAUCACUUAUAAUGUACUUAUCGAAUGUGACCCUGUCUAUGAAUAUAUGUACGAAGGGAUGGUUCAUAUUGGAGGUGUUAACAGCAAGGAUUAUAACUUUCCCCGUCAAAGUUAUCGCAAAACCCUUUUUUGUUCAGAUCUUUGCACGUUUUCACGUGAGUUAUCUGUAAAGCUGUUUCAAAUAAAAGGUUUUUGUGUAUGUUAGGUUUACUUUUCAUUCUACUCUGUAGAAAGCUCUGGAGGUCAAUUUUAGCGUUCUUUACAGAACUUGUAGUAAAUAAAUGUUAGAGAAAAAAAACUUUUGUUACAUACAGACACUGAUUGCCUUUGGAAGAUGAUCGUUGCUUGUCAUUUUGAUCCAGUUGGGUUUUUUUUUAUUGUUUUGUUGCGUCACAAAAAACAG